AAUGAACUAUAUAUACAACAAAAAGAGCCUCUCCAUCAUUGCAUGAAAAUUAGGAUUUCACCCACUUUCCUACUAUGGCUUCCCAUUGUUCUACAAAGUGUUUGCAAUUCUUACUUUUACUUCUUCUUUCUCAAACUGCUUUCUCUGGCCAAAUUAUAACCACUCUACCUGGCUUUUCUGGUGAUUUGCCCUUCAAACUUGAGACUGGUUACACAAGUGUGGGAGAUAUUGAGUUCUUCUACUACUUUGUUCACUCAGAAAAUAACCCAGCUGCUGAUCCUCUUCUUCUCUACCUCAAUGGAGGCCCUGGUUGCUCAGGCUUGAAUGGAUUUUUUUACCAAAUAGGCCCAUUAAAAUUUGAUAUCCAUAACUACACUGGAGGCUUACCAAAAUUGGUAUAUGAACCAGCUGCUUGGUCAAAGACUUCCAAUAUUUUGUUUCUGGAUUCACCUGUUGGGACUGGUUUCUCCUAUGCAACCACAGCAGAUGCUUGGAAUACAACAGACACAAAAUCAGCAGAACAAGCCUAUAAUUUUCUAAGAAAAUGGUUGAUCGAUCACCCGGCAUUUCGAACAAAUCCAGUCUAUCUUGGUAGUGAUUCAUAUGCAGGAAUUGUUCUUCCUAUACUUGCUCUUGAUAUAAUAAAAGGCAAUACAGCAGGACUUGAGCCAUUUGUGAAUCUCAAAGGUUUAUCUCUUGGAUGCCCACAUACUGAUACCAUUGCUGAAACAAAUGCAAAAAUACCAUUUGCUCAUCGUUUAGCUCUCAUAUCGGAUUAUAUGUAUGAGUCAGCUAAAAUCAGUUGCAAUGGAUCCUAUGCGGAUGUUGAUUCAGCAAACACAGAAUGUGUAGAGUCUCUUGAUGCUAUAACUGAGUGCGUAGAGUUAAUAAAUCGCCAAAACAUUUUGGACCCAAAUUGUGCUCUGUUAUCACCAAAGGAGAAGGAAAAAAUGGUUCGAAGAUCUCUCCGAGCAAUGAGAAGAAACUUCAUCCGACCAUUGCCUACUCUUGGCGAGCUUUAUUGCCAUAACUUCCCAUAUUUGCUUUCUGAUAUAUGGACGAAUUAUAGAAGCGUCCAAGCUGCCUUGAAAGUUCGCCAGGCAAUGAUCCCAGAAUUUCAUAGAUGCAACAUUUCAUUGGGCUACACAGUUGAUAUGGACACAGUUAUUCCUUAUCAUAAGAAUCUGACCAAAACAGGCUUACAAGUUUUGGUCUUCAGCGGUGAUCAUGACAUGGUUAUGCCUCAUAACGGCAUUGAACAAUGGAUAACUUCUCUAGAUUUGACAAUCGACACCGAUUGGCGACCAUGGUUCGUUGACGGUCAAGUUGCAGGGUACACAAGGAAAUAUACAAAUACUGGAUACCGUUUGACAUAUGCAACUGUGAAGGGAGCUGGACACUCACCACAGGAGUUCAAACGCAAGGAAUGUUUUGACAUGUUUCACCGAUGGAUUCAUUAUUAUCCUCUCUGAAAAUAUUUAUCCUUUAGUUUAAAAUUUUGGAAUGGAAUAUCCUUUAUAUUAAUUAUUCCUAUUAAUGUUAUGAUAACGUUUUUGUAUCCCUGAACAUGUUAGAAAUGCAAGAUUUGAACAUGUCAACUCCAUAUUUAUAAUUACGGAAUUUAUAAUUUUUUAAAGAAA